AUGGCAGGGAACGAGGGUUUGUUCGUGCCGCCAUGGUACCAGGCCCACGAGGUGUACCGGCUCGACAUGAACGUUGCAAGCAUCUUCUGGGGUAUCUCGCUUGCGACCGCGAUAUUCUCAGCAGCAAAAGCCAGCCGGCAAACCUGGCGGACUUGGACGCAGAUGCAUCGGGUCACCGCCUACAUCGUUAUGGUAUGGGGCGAAUGGGUGGCCUGCGUGGCCAUGAGCUUCUUGAGUUGGUUCCAUCUCUGGGGAGAUAUUGAACCGGGGUUCUGGCUCUGGUUCUGGAUUGCUUUUAUAUGGUGCUUUCAGGUCCAGUUUCUGAUGCAGAUCAUCAUCGACCGAAUCGCAGUCUUGAUGAUUUUACCAAGGCGCGCACGCAUGUUGAGGUGGACCGUCUUUGCUAUGAUCUUCAUGAUAAACAUAGCUGUGUUCAUCGUCUGGAUACCGUGUCGGCUUCAAUGGCCGGGAUGGGUUAUGGUGAAUAGGGUGUGGGACCGCAUCGAAAAGUCGAUAUUCCUGAUCAUCGAUGCUUGUCUGAACCUGCUCUUUAUCCACCUGGUGCGAACCCAAUUAUUGGCAAUUGGCUUGGUCAAGUACUAUCCGCUGUUUCGCUGCAAUAUCGCCAUGAUCUUCCUCUCUGUGUCGUUGGAUGUUGCCUUAAUAGGCCUCAUGUCCUUGCCGACUCCGACGACGUACAUCCAGUUCCAGUCACUAGCGUAUCUGGUGAAACUGCACGUCAACAUGCACAUGGCCGACUUGAUCCGAAAGAUAGUGCGCGCCUCCAACGAAAGGCACAAGGCUGCCCGCGGGAUGGGAUGCAGUGGCGGAGCUUUCCAAUCCAAACCCUUAACCCCGCCAACCAUCUACUCGGGUCAGCAGCAGGUCAUGACAUCGGUCAGAUCCUCCGGUGCCAGCGUCAUGGAGGAGCAUGUACCAAACCACUCGGCCUAUGCUGAACAUUGUGUCCAAGAUGUUGAGCAAAGUGAGAGCGGCGCUGUGUCACUUCCUCCCCCAGGAGCAAUACAAAAAACAGUUGUCACCACAGUGGCGCAUCAUCGCCUUGUUGAAGAGGAUAUCACCGAAGCCAGUGAUGCUGGUUCGACAAGAUGGCUGACGUACCCGGCUGAUGAUCUUUUCGGCUUCGUUGGUUUGGACGAGCGUGGUGAAGGCAGCAGCCGGAGACCGAGUCUGAAGGGCAGCAACCGGAGACCGAGCUUGUAUCCAAUCACUGGAUAG